AUAUAAAGAAGGAAAGGAAGGAAUAAAAGUAAACAAGCAGCCCUAAUUUUCCGGUGACCUAUGUUGUCGAGGCUUCAUUAUUUUGUUCCGGUGACCGAUUGAAGGCGGCUUCUGCAGGACCUCUGGUGGUCACUGAAGUCUGCAUUCACCACAUUCCCUCAAAUCUCUGAAAAUCACCACUAAUUCCCAUCACCUUCACGCAUACAAUCAUUCAUAUUAUGUAAAACAAUACAAUUAUCCAUCAAUAUCAAUGGCAAGAAACCCUGCAACUCGUCUUCUCCGCCUAUGUUCUUCCCAAUAUAAACUCUCAAAGGUCAGAUUUUUCCCAUCUUCUAAUCGAGUUUCUUCACAUUCCACACAAACCCACCAAUCUUUUUGCUUUUUUCAUCCUAAAACAACCAAAUUUCAUCAUAUUUCCCCUUUAGGGUUAGAUUUUAGGGUUCCUGGUUUCAGUUAUUGCACAAUAGAAUCUACAGUGUCAGAACAUGAUGAUAAUAAUAAUAAGAAGAAGAAGAAGAAGGAGGAGGAAAAUCAAGUAUCUGCAUCACAUGUUGCAAAUGUUGAUCCUGUACAACUUUAUCAUAGGCUUCGUGACGGUCCGGUUGCGAGAAAAUUAGGGGUAGAGCAGUGGGAACAACUUACUGAAAUUUUUAGGUGUUUUGCGAGGUCGGGUUGGGCUUCGAAUCAGGCUCUAGCUAUAUACAUUGGUGCUUCGUUUUUCCCGACUGCUGCGCAUAACUUUAGGAGCUUUUUUUUCAAGAAAUGUGAUGAUGAGAUUGUCGACUACUUGUUGUCGUUGGGUCCUGGUAAUGAAUCCGAGAGGUUUUUGUUUCCAAUAUUUGUCGAGUAUUGUUUGGAAGAGUUUCCGGAUGAGAUUAAGAAGUUUAGGAGUAUGAUUUCGUCUGCGGAUUUGACGAAACCUGAGACGUGGUUUCCGUUUGCUAGAGCGAUUAAACGUAAGAUUAUAUAUCAUUGUGGGCCGACGAAUAGUGGUAAAACGUAUAAUGCUUUGCAAAGGUUUAUGGAAGCGAAAAAGGGUAUUUAUUGUAGUCCGCUUCGGCUUUUGGCUAUGGAGGUUUUUGAUAAGGUGAAUUCAUUAGGUGUGUAUUGUAGUUUGCUUACGGGUCAAGAAAAGAAGUAUGUUCCUUUUGGGAAUCACACCGCCUGCACUGUUGAAAUGGUUUCUACAGAAGAGUUGUAUGAGGUGGCUGUUAUUGAUGAAAUUCAAAUGAUGUCGGAUGUGUAUAGAGGAUACGCGUGGACCCGCGCUUUGCUUGGUUUGCAAGCUGACGAGAUACAUUUAUGUGGGGAUCCAAGUGUUUUGGAUAUUGUCAGAAAAAUUUGUCAAGAAACCGGUGAUGAGUUGAUUGAAAAUCAUUACGAAAGAUUCAAACCAUUAGUGGUUGAAGCUAAGACUUUGUUAGGAGACAUAAGAAACGUUCGUUCGGGUGAUUGUGUUGUUGCGUUUUCAAGAAGAGAGAUUUUUGAGGUGAAGUUAGCUAUCGAAAAGCACACGAAUCAUAAAUGUUGUGUUAUUUACGGCGCAUUGCCACCUGAGACCCGUAGACACCAAGCUAACUUGUUCAACGAACAAGGUAACGAGUAUGACAUAUUGGUUGCAAGUGAUGCUGUAGGAAUGGGAUUAAACCUUAAUAUAAGACGUGUAGUUUUUUAUAGUCUUUCAAAGUACAACGGUGAUAAAAUCGUGCCCGUUCCCGCAUCACAAGUGAAGCAGAUUGCGGGUCGGGCUGGGCGUAGAGGAAGUAUUUAUCCCGAUGGGCUUACAACCACUUUACACUUAGACGAUUUGGACUAUCUGAUCGAAUGCUUACAAAAAUCGUUCGAUGAAGUUAAGAAAGUGGGCCUCUUCCCAUUCUACGAGCAAGUCGAGUUAUUCGCUGGACAAAUCGCAGACGUUACUUUCUCCCAGUUACUUGAAAAAUUUGGCGAAAAUUGUCGUUUGGAUGGAUCGUACUUUUUGUGCAAACACGAUCAUAUAAAAAAGGUCGCUAACAUGUUGGAGAAAGUUCAAGGGCUCUCGCUUGAAGACCGGUUUAACUUCUGUUUUGCUCCGGUUAACAUUCGGGAUCCAAAGGCGAUGUAUCAUUUAUUAAGAUUUGCUCAAUCGUACGCUCAAAACGUGCCGGUUAGUUUAGCUAUGGGGAUGCCGAAGACUUCUGCUAGAAACGAUACAGAGUUGUUGGAUCUUGAGAGUAAGCAUCAAGUUGUAUCUAUGUAUCUAUGGCUGUCGAAUCACUUCAAGGAGGAAACUUUUCCGUAUGUGAAGAAAGCGGAGGCCAUGGCGACUGAUAUUGCUGAGUUAUUGGGUCAAUCGCUUAUUAAAGCAAACUGGAAACCGGAAUCGAGAAAUCAAGGGAAGAAGUCGAAUGAUGAUGAGGAUGGUUAUAAGAGGCCUAGAUCAAUGGUUAAGCUGCAAGAACAGAAAAGGCAAGAAAAAGAUUUAAAGUCUGUAGAGAAGGUGACUGCAUAAGAGACCCUAUACAAGUUUUCAAGCAGCACCCUUUUAAGAUUAGGUUUCCGUUAUAUUGUAGCGUUAAUCUAAAGGGCUUACUGUUUAAAUAUAUUGCUUUUUUUUUUUCAAAAAAGUUGUGAUAACUAUAAUUGUUACGUGUCAAAAUAAGUAAAAGGGCUUCAAUGUAGUGCAGGGGGUUAUUGGUUAGUUAGUGGCUAUAUAGUUGGGUGUGUGGUAACAGAUUGAACUAUGGAUGAAUUGAUAAGGGUUUCCCCUAUUCUUCUGUGUUUCUUCCUUUCUUUUAUCGAUC